CUCAGAGCAGUCUGCAUCACUUCUUUUACAAGUUUCGUUUGUUUCGUAGGAUCAUCAUCCCAAUAAUAAAUACAGUGGUUUAAACGUAAAUUAUAAAAUUGUGAAAAUGGGUUUACCGGAAGUGGAGACAUGUUGCUUUGUUUUCGAUCUGAAAACCGGUAACAUGAUAAUGGGAGGCGUCAAUGCGUUGGGUUCAUUUAUUCUGACAGUCAUCAUGAUAGUGAUGUCUGCCAUAACGGGCCAAAAGGAGAAGACCGGAAAUAUCGACAUCGACGCUCCCGUGACCGGCCUUUACGUCAUGUGCAUCCUGCUCUCUCUCAUGUUCCUUGUGCGAUUCGUCUUUGAUAUGAUCUUCAUUUACGGUAUUAUUACGGAAAAAGCCCCAAUCAUAAAGACUUACUUUGCGGUGUGGGUCGUCAUCUUCAUCACGAGCUCUUCCAUCUUCUUCUUGAACGUCGAGGACUUCAACGUGUUCAUUAUCAGUACCGAACUGUUAUAUUUGGGAGCAAGUGUGUACACCAUUAUAUUGGGUCGUAGUUUUUAUAAACAGCUAAACGCUCGCGAAGAACUGUAAUUUUGUUAUAUACAUAUAUAUAGUCAACCUUCUAAAUCUAUAUUACGCGAUGUUCCAAUUCUAAUUAAAAAAUAUAAUGAACUCGAUGUUAUAAUUUAAAAAAAAUAAUUUCUGUCAUGAUUUGUUUUGAAGGGUUUUAGUAAUACUAACACAAAAUGGAUAACGUCAAGUAAAGAAUACUUGAAAUUAUGAUGUGAAAUCGACGAAAAGGACACAAGUAAAUCUUGUUUAUUUGUUUGUAAUAACUUUAUUGCACGAAAAUAAGCAUAUUAAUCAAAAUUAAUACAAGAAAGAUACAUUGUACAACGGCGGACUUAUCCCAUGUAGGGAUCUCUUACAGUCAACCAGCGAUAGGUUGAGAGGGCAUGUAUACAGUAGCAGAUCUUGUGUCCUUUUCGUCUAUUUCACAUCACACCUAGCUUUUAAACUGGCUGGUUUGUUGUAUUGUUAAAAUUAAAAGUAAGCAGUAUUGAA